AUGAGCGGUCCCGACGCCAGCGGCUUCUCGGAGGGCCAGCAGCAGGAGCUGCUGCAGGCGAUAGAGACAAUGCAGACACGCGACAGCAUGCGCAUGUACAACAAUCUGGUAGAAAAGUGCUUCACGGACUGCGUGGACUCUUUCCGGCGCAAGGACCUCGACGCAACAGAGGAGAAGUGCGUGCAAAAGUGCUGUGAGAAGUUCAUGAAGCACUCUGCCCGCGUGGGCAUGCGGUUUGGGGAAUUUACUGCCGCCGCAGAAAAGCAGAUGGCCGGGCUGCAGGGCAAGUAG